AUGCCUUUUGUAAAGGAAGACAGUCGCGUUGCAGAAGUUGUGGACGAUAGCCCCCCCAGAGAGGAGGCGGAUGACGCCUCUGCUGACGGGUCGGAAGGAGGAGCUGAUGAGAGGGUGCGGUCCUUGCCAGAGGCACAACGACUAAAGCAAGAAGGGAAUGAACAUUACAAGGCGAAACGAAUAUCUCUGGCGAUGGAUCGCUACACUUUGGCCUAUGCGACGUGUCCGAAAGAAGAGAAGAUCGUCCGGUCGCAGUGCCUUGCCAACAGGGCUGCCUGCCAUUACUUCUUUUCGGAAUGGGAAGAGGUUGUUGACGAUUGCACUAAGGCACUCGAGUUGGAUCCCUCGUACGGCAAAGUCGUUGGUAGACGAGCUAAUGCGUAUGAGGGAAUGCGGAAGUACACCCAAUGCAAGGAGGACCUCGAUCGUCUGCAGGAGCUGGACCCUACUUGGAUAACAGUACCGGCCAACAAGGCGCGCUAUAGCAAGAUUGAAAAAGCCGCGGAGGAGCAGUUUGAACGAGAGAAGGAGGAGAUGAUGGGGAAGUUGAAGGACCUUGGCAACACCGUUCUGGGCAAAUUCGGCCUUUCUACUGACAACUUCAAGUGUGUCAAGGACCCCUCUACAGGGAGUUAUAGUAUAAGUUUUCAACAAUAG